CCGCACCACUCCCCACCCCACGCUCCACGACGCGCGCGAGCGAGCCAUGGCCGCCCUCCGCCUCGCCUCCUCCGUCACCCUCUGCCCGGCGGCCGCGGCCGCGUCGCCCUCGUCCGCCGCCGCCGCGCCCCGCGCCGCCUCCUUCGCCUGCGCGGUCGCGCGCGGGCUCCCCUCCCUCCGCCUCGCCGCGCCCCGCCGCCGCCGCGGCGACCUCGGCCGGCCCAGCGCCGCCGGCGCCGAGGCCGCGGCCGAGAACUACGCGACCGCGCUCACGGAGGUGGCCGCCGAGAGCGACUCCCUCGACGCGACCGUGGCGGACAUGGAGAAGCUGGAGAAGAUCUUCGCGGAGGAGGCCAUCGCCGAGUUCUUCGACAACCCCACCGUGCCGCGCGAGGAGAAGACGGCGCUCAUUGACGAGAUCGCCAAGUCGUCGGAGCUGCAGCCGCACACCGUCAACUUCCUCAACGUGGUCAUCGACAACACCCGCGCCAGCCUGAUGCCGCAGAUCGUGCGCGAGUUCGAGACCGCCUACAACGCGCUCACCGGCACCGAGGAGGCCGUCGUCACCUCCGUGGUGCAGCUCGAGUCGCAGGACCUCGCGCAGAUCGCCACGCACGUGCAGAACAUCACCGGCGCCGCCAACGUCCGGAUCAAGACCCGCCUUGACCCGGAGCUCAUCGCCGGAUUCACCGUGCAGUACGGCCGCGACAGCUCCAACUUCAUCGACAUGAGCGUCCGCAAGCAGAUCGCGGAGAUCACCUCCGAGUUCGAGAUGCCCUCCGUCAACCUCGAAGUCUGAUGCUUAGUAAUUGAUGCGACAAGGAUUUGCAACACCCAGUAAGGGCGUUGAUCUUCUUCAGACCUGGAGAUGCGACGGAGGGAUUAAGGCAUUCUUUUCUGCAAAAUAUAGUAAUGACAUAAAUCAUUUUUUCGGCAGGAGCCAGCCACUGUAAUUUUCUUUUUUGCCUUUGUGCUGUUGAGAUCUUGUAAAAUAAUAUGCUCCAAAAUACUCAACUAUAGCAGAGUUGCUCCUCCAUCUUCAGGCGACAAAGUUAACAGCGUGUAAUGUAUAGCUAUGUAUCCGACCGAUCAAGUUGUGUGCAGACGUGUAUAGCAUGUGGCAUUGCUAUCAACUGGCAACCAAGAUCAUGUUGCAUUCUGAAUUUCCA